GUGUCUAGCGUGUGAGAAACACUAAGGAGGUCCGCGUUUUUGUCAUCACCCACAGCCACCUUUACCCGUUUUGCUACCCGGAACUCGCUACCUAUUUACUCAAAGCCAGACCGAUGCGAAUUCUGCGCUAUGUAAACAAGCUGUGAUGAGUCAGGAUGUACAGUUUUUCCCAGGGUUGGUUCUGGUUCUAUCGAUUCUGCUGCUUUAUUUAGAAGUGAAAUUACACCCCCUGGGCUCACUGGCAACCCUGAACGUGACACCUGUCGCUAAACAGCAGCCAGGAACUGAGGUCUAGAUGGAACAGAUUAAACGGGCCAACAAACUGUUUACCAAUGACUGUAUAUUUCUGAAGAAGACUCUGAGCAUCCCAAUUCUAUCAGAGAAGCCUUUGCUCUUUAACGGACUUAACUCCAUUGAUUCUCCAGAAAAGGAAACUGUUGAUAGCAGCUUUUGUCCUGAAGAGGAGCCUGUGGUGGCUGGGGAAGAACUGCCCCCUCCCAGUCCUCAGGAUCCAGAUCCCGAGCCUGUGCAGCCCGAGGAAGUGUCUGCCAGAGAUUUCCUUCAGAGACUUGAUUUGCAGAUUAAGCUAUCAACACAGGCAGCCAGAAAACUCAAAGAAGAGAGCAGGGAUGAAGAGAGCCCCUAUGCCGCUUCCCUCUAUCAUAGUUAGUGACUGGCGGACCCAGAUCACAACAUGGCUGGACCCUAAAGAAUCCACCGGCUGGGGUUUCAGAGGCAAUGCUGCCUCUGGACUCCCAUAGUGCGCACCUUCGAGCCACAGUAGAGCAACCGCAGCUGCGCUGAAGCGAUCAAUCCCUCUGGCUUCCUGUAGUUAAGUCUUAUUAUGGCAUGAUAGCAAAACUGUAUUCUAAAGCCCAUCACUUGGUAGAUGGUGGUAGUUUUAGACUGGCUUUUGUGGCUACAAAGAGCAUCAGAGACUAUUUAUAUAUUUAAGCCAAAAGCAAUGUUUAUUUCCUGAUGAGAUCCUAAAUACAUGGAAGACUUGGUGGCUGUAAAGUGAUAAUGCAUUUGCUGUGUGUUUAUAACUCAAGUGCUAUAGUAUAUAUUUCAGUAUCACAUAUUCUGUACUACUGUAAAGAACCAAAUUUUGUCUGCUAUUUUGUAAAAGUAAAAUACAAAUGUCUGGGUGAGAAAAUAAACUAUGUUUUCACAUAGAAGCCUUCUUUUCUUUUUCAAAAUGAAGAAAUAAAGUUGAUUUUUGUUUUGUUU